CAGGCAGUGAACAGGUACUUCUCUCUCAACACUGACAGCAACAGUUUAAUAGUUCCGAACAACUUGGAUCUGAGUUCCCGAACUCGCAGUUUCCUGUUUGCAAACGCUGUUAUUUCCUGACAUUUCCAAAACUGCCUUCAUAUCAAAUCUUUUGGAAAGUUUUUGAGCUGGAAGAAACAAUAAAAAGCAAAAAUUAAUUUUAAACGAACUAAAGCUCUAUUAACUAAUUGUUAUAAGAACAAUCCUAAACGUAACAUCAAGACUAGAAGAUGAGCCUCCUCAAAGAGCGCAAACCAAAAAAACCUCAUUAUAUCCCCAGACCUCCAGGAAAACCAUUUAAAUACAAGUGCUUUCAGUGCCCCUUUACCUGCAAUGAGAAAUCACAUCUUUUUAACCAUAUGAAGUAUGGGCUUUGCAAAAACUCCAUUACGCUGGUGACAGAACAAGAUCGUGUUGUCAAAUGUUCAAAGUCAAAUUCUUUGGAGACUAAGCAGAACACUCAGGUAGACACUGCAGCCAAACCAACUUCUUCCAAGGUCCUCUCAAAUUUUGAUUCUAAACCUCAAUAUGCAUUUGCCAAAGAUGACUCCAAGGAAAAUAUGGAAAUUCAAAACCAAGUGACAAAUAUAUCAGUGCUUGGACCAAAACCACCCACUGAAAAGGAACUAACUCUUCUUUGUAAUGAAGAAGAAAGUACAAUCAAUGUGCAGUCUGCUCUUGAAGGCAUCGUAAGGCCUUCUGCAUUUGUUCCAGUGGGAGAGCAUCGGCACAAUAAGGACAAUAAUGAUAUGUCUCAAUUAAGUUCUCUUUCCGAUUCAAAUAAAGGCUCUUCCUUUCCAACAAAGUCAGCCUUUCAUGCGCCAAACAAUCUAUGGAAAACCAGUGGUACAAUUAUUGCUCCAGAGUUUACUCAUAAAAUUACACCUGCAAAAGGUUUCACUUCCAUUCCAUCUUAUGUACAACCCAUGAUUCCAGAAUAUUCACCUUCACUGUAUGAACAUGGAUUAGCUAUCUAUGCACCUUACUUCCUCUCAGGAAACUCUCAUGAGUGUGAAAGCUCAGUGAUGUCUGUCUACAGCACUCAAGAUCAAAGACAUUUUUUUCCUCAUCCAGGACCACUUCCUAAACCAAUUAAUCCAUCAACAUACGAACACUACCGCUUAUUCCAGCCAUAUCGUCCAAAUCUUUCAGUGCCAUAUGGAUUUUGUAGGCCAACAGAAUCAGCAUUUUAUAGGUUGCCACACAUUGCAGAUAUUAACAGAGACACAAAUUCUCAAUUAAUGGAGGAAACAACCUUGCUAUAUCCGCAUUCUUCAAGUCCAGCCAUGUUAUCAUCACAAAAUUCUCAUAAAAAAACAGAUGACUAUGAAAAGGAAAUACCUAUGCUGCAUAACAAAGGUCAUUCUAAAGAAGAUCAAAAUGAAAGAGAAAAUGCCAAAAUGAGCCCUCGUGCUGGAAGUGCAGCAACUGGAUCUCCAGGAAGACCCAGCCCGACAAACUUUACUCAAACUAGUCAUGGUUGUGAAGGCCUAUUUGAUCUUUCUAAUAAGUCAUCUUCAGUUAUUAACAAAUGUGAUCAACCUGAAGAAAGCUUUACAGCAUUCAGACCUGUGAGGAAAAGUACAGACCAAUCUCCUCCGCCUAUAUCAAAGGAAGAUAAAGGAAAUUCUCCUAAAAGUAGUGACAUCACUAAUGAAAAGGAAAAUGUACAGCAUGGAAAUGAUAGUAAUGAAGAUCCUUUGUCCAGUUCCGAAGAUGAUUCAGAUGAUUCGCCACUUAAUCUUUCCAAGAAACCAGAUGCAAACUUAGUCGAUGCACAUACGUAUACAAGCACUUUCUCAACAGAAAACCAGAACUGCAUGGAACUGCAGGAAAUGCCUUUGAACCUUUCAGUGAAGGACAACUAUCAUGUAACUGUAUGUCUCCAGAACUCAUUAUACGAAACUAAAGAUCAUAACCUUCAAAAACCUGAAAAUAAAGAUUUGGGGACAGAAAUAUGUAACCCUAAGAAUCAAACAGAUAAAGGUUCCUUCAGUAAGCCUCUUACUGUGAUGCCUAUAAAAGAAGUGGAGGAACCAAGGACAAUUGAGAGUUGUGAUGAGCAGAAACAAACUGCAGCCGUUGCUCUCUGUCAAUUAGCUUCUUACAGUCCAAGUACAGUUCAAAAAGAGAGCACAGAGAAAAAUAAGCAAGAGAUCAAUUCUCAAUAUGCCGAUUCCAUCGCUGAACCAUCCGAAACCCAGAAUCAUCAUUGUAAAAAAGCAAAAGGACAAAAAAGGACCAAUCACAGAGAAGCAACAAAAGUACAAGGAACCAAAAGAGUAAGAACAAAUGAAUGCAGUCGAGUGUUCACUUUGAGAAAGAGAACAAGGAUAACAUAAUAUUGUUCCACCAAAUAUCCUGUAGAGUUCAUAUGUACACUAUCCAACAAAAAUACUAAACAUUUUUUUCAGUACCAAAAUUUUAUUUUUACUUUGCAGAUUCAUUUAUUCUGCUCAAUUGAACUAUGUAAAUAUUAAAAUGUCUUGUCUAUACAUUUUAAAGUAACUGAAAUGUCUCAUAAUUUUAUCUUUUUUAAGUAAACAUUUAAAUGUAAAACUUAAAUGCACUAUUGUAGAAACAUAUUUCAUAAAUGCACUAUUGGGAAAACAAUUUAUUCCAAAAAUGAGCUUCUAGAAGCACAUUUUGGAUAUAUGAAUGUUCUAUGUGUCUCUAACUAACUUCAUUUUCAAAUCUUUUUGUUUUAUGUUUUUUAUUGUCCAGUGUAUUUUUGCUGUUUUAUCCAUAUUUUAAGAACGAAAAUUUCCAAUUUCUUAAGCUUAGUGUUAUUGAAUUUUCAUUGAUAAUAUAUUAGAGCACUCAUAUUAAAUCUUUCUAAAUUACACUUUUGGUAUUGUGGUUUUCCCAAGUCGAAUGGCCCAAUAUAAAAAUGUUAUGCUCCAAAUUUUAAGUCCUAAAUUAAUCGAUAUUAAUUAAAAUUUAGGACUUAAACAAAGUAGAGGUCCCACACAAAUGCUUACAUGUUUGAUAAACUGCAACUUCAGGUCCCAAGUACUGAGAGAAAUGCGAAUCAAGAAAUUAUUUAUUUCAACCCAUAUUAGAAGGAAUCCUGUGUUGUGAAUUCUACAUUUUGCAUCCAUAUGAGUUUGUAGCACUAAAGAGAUUGUAUACUAUAGGUAUCAGUGAAUGUUUCAUAGACUUGUUAGUAAUGAUUUUCCAUUUCAGAUGUUAUAGUAAUUUUUCCUCUUUUUACAAUAUUAUUUAUAUUGUAGCAAAAAAUAGCUUGUAAAGGCUACAGAUAAAUCUUAAGUAUCAUUAUGAAUUAUCCUCAGAAAGUUACAACUUAAUAUAUCUUUUAAAAUAUCAGUUGUAACAAUGUUUAGCUGGAGAUAAAUAGAUCACUUUAUUUCUAAUUCAUGCCAAUGUUGUAUUUGUUUGGUAUAUAUUCCAUUUCUAGUGUAAAAUUCCAUUUUUAAAAAAAUGCUCAAAAAUCAAAUAUGUAUCCUAAGAACUGUAUUUAAAUGUUAUUUAUGUACAUAUGGUGAAUAUUUUCCAGUAAAAUAUACCUUUCUAAGUGUAA